ACCUGAAGCUCUCACAGAUGCUGUAACAUUUUGGAGGAUUAGUGGGUUUUAGGACCCAAAAGUUGGUCAGCAGUCAUGACCCAAAGGCUGCGUCAGUCGUUUCAGAUCCAAUGAUCGUUGUAUGGACAAUGAUUCACAAAACAUCUGUGUUGCAUUUGAUUAAGGAAUCUUGUGUUUCAGUAUGAACAUCAUACCGCCUGAAUGAUGAGGAUGAAUGAGCUCAUAGGUAGAGUACAUAUAGUAUCGUCAGAACAUGCAGACUAAAAUUAUUUUCCAGACUUAAAUGUAUGUAAGAAAUAGUAAAAAUUUAAAACUGGAAGAUACUAAAAAUAAUGUAUUCCAGCUGUGAAACUGUAAUGCGUUGGUUAAAAAAAAUGUGAGCACUCAGAGUUACUGUAAAACUCAUGAGCAGGAUCAAAACACUUAUCUUUUGUCAUUCCAUGGUGGUAUUUAACUGACCACAUCUUCAACUCAGAAAAUGGUCCAACUUAUUUUUAGAACAACAGAUCUUGUGAACUACUUUGUAUAAAGUGAAAGAAGUCGAUUUUGGUGAAUAAGUCACAGAUAAUUAAGGCUCAGCUGCAGUUCCUCUCAACUCUGUACACUGUUUUAGCAUCUUUCAGCUCAUUGUUUUCGUUCAAAGCUUGCAUCUCUACUGAUUUCAAUUGAAAAGAUAUUUUCAGUAAAAAAGCCGUGAAACAGAUAAAGAUAAAGCAACAACUGGUGAACAUAAUGGAGCAUAUAGCAGCUAAAGAGGCAGAUUGUAAUUUAAUUGUAAACUAAAACAACUAAAUGGAGAGUGAAUAUUAAACUUACAUUCACCAGAGACAAAGCAACUGCUGGAUGUGCAAACAGGAAACUGCUCACUAACAAGUUCGACAUAUUACAUUAAAGAGGGACGUAAUGAUGUUGUAAUCAGUAGUCAAUCAGCAAAUUUAGAUAUCAACAACUGCUUUUUAACUAGUUAGAAUUCCAAGCCAGUAUAUCCAUAAUGUAAUUUUAAAUAGUACAAUUAAUUAUUAUUAACUAUGAAUAAGACAUUCAGUUAAAUCCAAGCAUAAAGAAAAGAAUGGGAUGUCAGCUAUUUUCUGCACAAAUAAAAUAGGAGUGAGGUUUUGUUGCAUCAAGACUAAAGCCUUCAUUUAAGACAAAUCCAUUUAUUGAUAGAAUCUAAAGUGACAGAGCAGGCGGCAGGUUGAGGAAACAUGAAUACACCACUUACUCACACAAUAUCUGGGGACUGAGGUGCACCACACAUCAAAGACUGAGGAUAAAUGCCAACUUUAACCACAUUUUUUCACCCCUUGCUGUCUGUAUUGACUAAGUUUUUGCAGAAAGUCUCAUUACCAUGUUGCUCUUUUAGUCUCUUUGUGCCACAGCUGUGUUGCUUUGUCUGUGACACAUGAAGAAUGCACAUAAGCAGUGUAUCAGUGUCGGUCCAGGUGGCACACAGGACCCCUGGGUUUGAGGCAGACAAUAUAAUACAAUUACUCAUACAGAUUUCACUCAGGCCACAUCAAAGCAGCUCCUGAAACGGCAUUAAAUUGAAUGUAAAUGUUUGAACACGGAGCCAAAACCUAGAGAAACGCUUUUCAAAGAAAGCCUUGACUUUAUCACGCCGGGGUUUAUUAGCUUUGCAUUUGAGUGAAAGAAACAGAGUUAAUGUGUUUGAAGUUUGUGAGAAAAUGACUGGGACUGAGAGAGUUUUGUGGAGGUUAGCAGGGGUACAUUGUCCUCAAAAGAGUUCACAAAUCUGGGAUGAAUCUUUACUAUUCAAACAUAGUGUGUGUUUGUGCAUGUAUGUGUGUGUCUGUGUGUGUGUGUGUGUGUGUGUGUGUGUGUGUAUAAUUUGCUGAGUAUCUGGGAGGACACUGUGGUGUUUGUUGACGUAAAGGACACUCGUAUGAGUCAUUUUUCAUGUUAAAGAGCCAUUUAUUUUGAUAGAUCAGGAGCUAAACGGAUAAUAAUUUAUCAGUCACGCUGACGCUCAUAAUGACGGGUGUUUAAAACUGAAGUUCACACGCUCAAUUUGAACUCUAUUUAACGCUCGACAGGAAUAGAGCUGCAAAGCAAGGUGGGGUUCAAGCUACAAGCUAUGAUUCAGAGAAACUAAACGUCUGUGCUAGUUUUCCUCCAGUGUGGGAGUAUAUAUGUGUGCAAGUGUUGUGUUCAGGCAUGUCCCAGUGCCCUCCCUCCAUCUCUCCUCCCUCUUAAUGUGUAUGAUGAUCUGGCUUCUCUCCCUCCUUCUAAUCGGCCACUUCCCCUGGAGAGCUGAGAGGGAGAACUGCUGUUUACAUGCACUCCUGCACAACUAGGUAGAUAGACAGAAAGAGACAGAGAGAGAGAGAGAGAGAGAGAGAGAGAGGGAAGGACCUCACUGGUGGUGAUUGUUGGAGAUCUGAAUGAGGGAAGCAUUCAGUUUGACAAGGACCAGUGCUGCUGUCUUCUUUGCUCAGUAGGUCACAUCCUUUGAUGUGAACUCUGGAGGAGGGAUACUGGGAGGCCUGCCAGCAGAGUCAGAGUUAUAUGGAAGCUUCUGUUGGAUGCUGGUGACACAAGUUCAGGAAAUGUAAGACCCUCCCGCAGCCUGCAGCCUUAUUGUGCGUUCAAUGAGCAUUUCCAGCUGGAAGAAAAACUGGAAGCCCUCUGCAGAUCUUUUCUCUUGUCUGACUGAGGAGAUCAGCGCCGGCUUUCCUCUAACCUCUGAUUAACUCGGGAGUUCACUGAGCAGGACGCUGAUGUUUAACAGAGCCCGGUCAUGUGUUUGUCCUCUGCUUUUGCGUAACAGCGAGGUAUUGCUGCCCCGGAUGUGAGGAAAUCCCCUUAUAGAACAUUGUAUGUGUGAUCUCCGAGGGAUCAGCUUGCAUCCUGCACGUCAGGGUUUAAUACUGGCUGGGAGUAAGCGGGGACAGCGCUGGUGAUGGAGGCGUCUCAGCUGCAUAGUUCCCGCCCCAAUCAGGUAUGACCCAGACCCUGAACCCCUCCUGGAGCUCUCUGGACAGGGGCACGGCUGACUGGUUCGGGGUGAGCAAGGACAGCGACAGCACCCAGCGAUGGAGGAGGAAGAGCCUGCAGCACUGCAGCCAUCUGUACGGGGGUCUGAAGCCGCAGGUGAUGAGGGAGAUGGAGCUACACAGCCAAGACAAUCUCUCCCUGGCCAGCACUGAGACCCCUCCUCCCCUCUACCUCCCACCCCUCCACCCCAAUCACCACCACUAUGGCAUGCAGAGGAUCGUAGACCCCCUGGCUCGGGGCCGUGCCUUCCGUAUGGUGGAAGAGGUAGAUGGCUUCAGUGUCCCGCAAACUCCCAUCACACCCGGCACCGCAUCGCUCUGCUCAUUUUCCAGCUCCCGCUCCGCCCUCAACCGGCUGCCACGACGACGCAAGCGGGAGUCUGUCGCAGUCAUGAGUAUCAAGGCUGCAGCAGCACUGAUGAAGGGCCGGACGUUAGGUGAAAGCACUGUUGGGAGACAUCGCAGGCGGAGUUUCAUGCCUCCUAGCUUCUUUGAAGACGACACUGUUGAUUUCCCUGAUGAUCUAGAUACUUCCUUUUUCACCAGAGAUGGCCUGCAGGAUGAGUUGUCCAGUUACGCUGAUGAGGUUUUUGAGACUCCAUCAGAAGCCGCUCUCAAACCGCUGGAUGAGAGCGAGCUCACUGGGAGUGCACUGGAUAAGAAUGAACUGGAGAGGAGUCACCUCAUGCUGCCCUUAGAGCGAGGAUGGCGAAAGGCAAAAGAUGGCUCUCUGGUCCAGCCUAAAGUGCGUCUCAGACAGGAGGUGGUUAGUGUCAACAGCCAUCAGCAGCGAGGACAGAGAAUCGUGGUUCCUGUUAAGAAGCUCUUCGCCCGAGAGAAGAGACCGUACGGGCUGGGAAUGGUCGGUCGUCUCACAAACCGGACGUACCGCAAGCGCAUUGACAGCUAUGUCAAGAGGCAGAUUGAAGACAUGGAUGAUCACAGGCCUUUUUUUACCUACUGGAUCACAUGUGUCCAUUUACUUAUAACCAUUCUGGCUGUCACUAUCUAUGGCAUUGCCCCUGUGGGCUUCUCUCAGCAUGAAACUGUUGACUCUGUAUUGAGGAACAAGGGAGUUUAUGAAAAUGUUAAAUUUGUGCAACAACAGAACUUCUGGGUGGGUCCAAGCUCUGAAGCAUUGAUUCACCUAGGAGCCAAAUUUUCCCCGUGCAUGCGUCAAGACCAAGAGAUCCACAGACUGAUCCAGGAGAAGAAAACGAAAGAGAGAGAAUCGGGCUGCUGCGUGAGGAACGAUCGAUCCGGCUGCCUGCAGACUUUACAAGAGGAGUGUUCGACUACCCUGGCAGUGUGGGUGAAGUGGCCUCAGCAUCCCAGUGCGCCGUAUUUAAAUGGAAAACUACGGCAGCAUGGUUCAGUCUGUCAUCAGGACCCCAGAAUUUGUCUGGAGCCAGCCUCAGUUUCCCCUCAUGAGUGGCCUGACGACAUCACCCAGUGGCCAGUUUGUACACGGUACAACUCUGGGAAUCACACCAACCUCGCCCACAUAGACUGUACCAUCACCGGCCGGCCCUGCUGCAUCGGAACCAAAGGACGAUGUGAAAUCACUUCCAGAGAGUACUGUGACUUCAUGCAUGGCUACUUCCAUGAGGAGGCGACACUCUGCUCACAGGUGGCCUGUAUGGAUGAUGUGUGUGGUUUGCUGCCUUUCCUCAACCCAGAGAUCCCAGAUCAGUUUUCCCGGCUGUGGCUGUCUCUGUUUCUUCAUGCUGGGAUCCUGCACUGCCUGGUGUCGGUGUUGUUCCAGAUGACGGUGCUGAGGGAUAUAGAGAAGCUGGCUGGCUGGCUGAGAAUCUCCAUCAUCUACAUGUUAAGUGGCAUCACUGGCAACUUGGCCUCUGCCAUCUUCCUGCCCUACAGAGCAGAGGUGGGUCCUGCUGGCAGCCAGUUCGGCAUCCUGGCCUGUCUGUUUGUGGAGCUGUUUCAGAGCUGGCAGAUCCUCGAGCGACCAUGGCGUGCGUUCGCUAAGCUGCUGGCCAUCUCAGUCUUCUUCUUCUCCUUCGGUCUGCUUCCUUGGAUCGACAACUUUGCCCACAUCUGUGGUUUUGUGUCAGGAUUCUUCCUGUCCUUUGCCUUCUUGCCAUACAUCAGCUUCGGGCGUUCUGAUAUGUACCGAAAGCGAGUCCAGAUCUGUGUGUUCCUGCUCAUCUUCCUGGGUCUGCUCUCUGCCCUGGCUGUUCUCUUCUACGUCUACCCUGUAAAAUGCGACUGGUGCGAGUACCUCACCUGCAUCCCCAUCACAGACAAGUUCUGCGAGAAGUACGACCUAAACGCACACCUCCUCUGAACAUCAGUCUUUGGAAUGUAACUGUUCUGUUUCUGCACUGAUGUCACUGACUGAUGAAGUUUAAAAAUUGGACUCUAAUGACCAGUGUUUCAGGAUUUUGACUGGACCUCUGAUUUCCACAUGUAGCUUUUAUGGAAAGGUACAAGAGACCCCACUAUGAAGAAAGGCAAUGCAUGAAAGCCUUUAGGUAUUUGACUUUUUAAAAAUUCACGUGCAUGAGAACAAAAUGAACAAUGUAAAGAAAAGGACCGUUGGUGUGACUGAUCUCUAGCUGGGCUAAUCAAUGACCGGUCACACUGGAAGACAGUUACAGACACUUGUUUCCUGCCAAAUUACUUACCUCUUCUCUUGUAAACAGCACCCCUUAGUGGCCAAAAGGAACUUUACAACCUGAGACAGCUGCAUGGGAGGAGCGGACAUGUGUUUUAUACUUUUUUACAGAUGUUCAGUCUUUUCCUUUUACUGGAUGUCCUUGGAGUUUAAACUUGCCAAGAAAUGAGGCCCUACAAUGCUUAAAUGUGCCUUAUUAAUACACAAAACCACACGAACGUUGUCUUCUUAUGCCGCAUUUAUGUCAGCAACUUCUGACAUUAACGUCUCGAGAAACCAUAGACUGUAUAUAACACAUGGACGUACUGUGACGUCACCCAUUGGUUUGUUGACCACAAUUCUGAAAUCUCGAGUUUGGUACUUUGACUACAUUUAACAUUGCUAUUCAACAAUCAAAAUCCAAGGUAUUAAACACAGCAAACAAGCUUCACACCUGAUCUACAUGAUGACCUUUUUACUGUAGCUAACACUGGUCCAGCUGUUGAAACAGAUUCCCAUAGAUACUGUUGCACCAACUCAAUCAGUCCAGGCAAUCUAUCAUUAUUUACGUCCACCUCUAAAUGUCUUAGAUUUAGCAGAUUAUCCCAAAUACACUUCAUCAUUGUAGUUUGAAUGUUGUUGGAAGCAUGUAGUCCUGCUGCUACUAAACAUUAGCACCAUUAGCCGCUUCUCUCUACUGACAGCCUCACAGCUCCUGGCCUGUAUUAGCGUUUCAACAUCCUAAUUUAGCUUUAGCAUUAGCCUCAGGUAGCUCGCUGAUUCAGAGAGCUGCACAGUUUAUCAACACGACACCCGCAUUUAGCAGUUAGACAGCAGUGAUGUCAGUAAACACACUUGUAACUCUAACCAGGUACUACAGCUAAUUUGUCUUAUCAGUGACUAUAUUUUUAAUCAGUUAAAUUAUCAACUUCAAUUAGCUGUUAAUCUUUAUAACAUUUCUAUUGAGAAUCUGGAACUUGUCAAUCACAAGGUAGCUACACCAUAAAGGAUAUCUUGCUUUAUUGUCCAUUUUCCUUUAAAUGGGACCGUAAUUGACUAAAUAAACAUUGUGCUGUAUUCUGAAAGUCUUGAAACUUACAAUUCAAACUAUAAACUUAUUAGGAAAACAUUUAUUAAUGUAACAAAUCAAGUGAGAAGGGGUUUAUUUUCUCAUAGACUUCCAUAUAAUAGAACUUUUUUUGCAACCAGAGGAGUCGCCCCCUGUCGGCUGUUACCAAAAAUGUAGUUUUAAAGCACUUCCGUUUCACUUUACUUAUCCAACCCAACCACUACAUCCAUCUUUUGUAUGCAGUCUAUGGUAGAAACUGCUUUUCACACUGAAAAAAAUCAUGUAAGAUAUGCUUUUACUUCAGUAUUUGGUGGCUGAAUUGCCAUUUUGUUUACUUGUCUGGAAACCUUUCUGCAACAGCCUUUAAUGCACUUCAGCCACACAUGGAUUGUUUUUUUUUAUAUUCACCCUGUGUUAAAUCUGUAAAGACAACACAUGUAGCUCCAUUGUGAAUAGCUGUUACGGAGGUGAAAUUGUGUAUGUGUGUGUUUUUUUUAUUAAAGACGGUGGCGUUUUAGCUACCUGACAAUAAAUGCAACAAGAAACAAAGUU